UAAUCUUUUGCCAUACCGUUUCUGUUGGUUCGCCGUAGCAGCUUUAUCACCGUGUAUGGCAUCUUCCCCUCCUUCCCCCCUUGUUUCCUGUUGGAAACCCAUCGAAGCGAGGAUUAAUCUAAGAUUAAGCUCUUGCAUGAUUUCAUGCCCUCUUUCUCCACCCCUUCCUUCUAUUUUCUCCAUCAACUUCCUCGAAAGCUCCUGUCGCUGGCUUUGCCAAGUGUUUUUCCCAAGCAACUGGUCAUGGUCUUGUUCGCCUUGGCUUUUGCUUCUCCUUAGUGGGUUGCGGCCUCCUGGUCUCCCACCUUGUUGCUUCGCGGAGUAUUUCCGGCCCUUUUCUUAGUUUUCUUCCUCCUCACAUGAAAUAUGGUUUCGUGCGGCGGGUUUACGGGUUUAAGCCAAGAAGGCCUUAUGCUCCGUUCUUCUCCUUCCUCUUCUCCUUCUCUCCCUUCGCUCUCUUGUUUCUGAAGAUUUCUCUUCGUACGGAGUUGUACUAGUUUUCUGAUGAGUUCCUUCGCAGGUUCGGUUGUCAUUAAGAAUUUCUUCACCUUUCUGGCCACAUAAAAUGAUGACUCUGGAAGCUCCAACCCUCCCGACCUGUGAUCUCCCCUUUGUAAAUAUGGGAGGCAAGGAUGCCUUGGUCUCCAAGGAGUCUGAUCCAACUUUCAUGGGCUUCGAAGGCCGCCAUGCCUUUAGUCUACAUAAAAUAAUGCAUCAAAUCGGGUGAAGGGAGGAAAAGGAAAGUGUGCUCUCCUGUGUGGGGUUUCUGUUCCUUUGAGGUGCUGUCUGAGAGCCUAAAGUCCUUGGUUAUGCUGGAGGCCAAGCAAAAGAGAAGGCCCAGUUGCAGCAAAGCUCUUGGGCUAGUACUCCUGUUGGAUUACCUCCCAGGCAAAAUAGAGAAGGCCUUCUUCAGAUGUUAUCCACUGAAAACCCCUCAGACCCCUCAUGUUCCUCCAAGCUUCCAGUUCUGAGAGCUGAUGAGAGGGCUUCUGAAAAGCUUGCCCUCCAAGAGGCAGAUCCAGUAGACCUUUUUGAGAGACCAACUCCCAAUUUCUCUAUAAGAGAUUAUGUUUUCACAUCCCGGAGCAAAGGCAUUGGAACGAAUUGGCCGUUUCCUCAGCAGCUUUUGCAACUUUUCUUGAAGCAUGGCGUUCGCGAUUUAUUGCCGCCUUUCGAGCAGCCUGAUUUGGUGAGAGCUCAGUGUGUAAGAAAGAAAGUAGAACCCGAGCAACCAGUUGCUUGCUUCGAAGCCGAAUUGCCUUCUCUGUUACACGACUUGGUUGUAGAGUCUUCAGAUCAAGCUCAAUACACACCACCGGACGAAGGAAAACAUACCGUUGAUCAAGUAGUUGCUGUGGAUGAACAUGUCCAUAGAGAUGCUGAAAUCUCCUUGGCAGUGAGAAGUCAUGAUCAAACUGAAAGAUUUUCUGGCCAGAUCAGUGAAUUUCCUUGCUCAGUAUCUGUAAAUAAAAGCUUAUCAGAAGCAUCAUCAGAACUAGAAGUUGCUGGGCCUGCUCCACUGCCUCAGAAGCUUGAAAGCUCUGGUGAACCAUCGGAAAAAAAGUGCAGGUUGAUAGUAAAAUCGGGUGCCAUUUCCAUUACCAACCGAGCAGAAGAUAUAGUAUCUAACUCUAGCACAGUUUCAGAUCCCAUGGCCUCAAAGAUUUGCCCUGUUUGUAAAACGUUCGCAUCCACUUCAAACACCACUUUGAAUGCUCACAUUGAUCAAUGCCUUUCAGUGGAGUCCAAUACUAAUCAGGUCCUGACCAACUCUUCAACAACCAAAGUUAAACCAAGGAAGAAGAGGUUGAUGGUGGACAUAUACAAAACUGCUCCCCGUUGCACUCUUGAAGACCUUGACAGGAGGAAUGGUACAAACUGGGCUUUGGAGUUGGCUUUGGUAACAUUAACCAAUGAGGACUCGACCGAGACAAAAAGAUUGAAGUUGUUGCCUAUGGAUGCUAGAGAUGAAGGAGCAGUCUAUGUUGAUUCGAAUGGCAUAAAACUUCGAAUUUUGUCCAAGUUCAAUGAUAGGAUGUCAAGAGAGGACUCCAAGCUGAUGAAGCAUGCAAAAGACAUCAAGCCAAGCAAGCGUAUGUUGAUCAGCCAAAAAAAGCGUUUCGCAUCAAAAGGUUCAAAGAAUAUGAAAGUGAAGGCACACAAAAAGAAGUUAAGCUCAUUCAAGCUUUUGAAAAUGCGGAUUAAACCAGCAUCUGGAGGAGAUUGUCAUGCCGAUACUUAUCAGGCAAAGGGAGAGUCGAAUAUAUCAAAUGCUUGUGACCAAGCCAACAGCAGCAGUUCUGCGACUUUGAGACCGUGGGUGUGCUCCAAACGCUCGGACCUCCCGAAAAAACUCAACAACAAAGACAACUGUAAAACCUUGGAGAACCCAGUAGCUGUCACCAGGGACACAUUGGCUGAGAAUGGCCAACCAGACUCAGAUAACUCUACUGCUAUGAGAAGCCACAUCUUGAAGGUCUCAAGGCCAUCCAAAGACUUGGCUGCUGCUCCAAGAACCAAAAAAGUAAAUUCCCAGUCAAAAUUGGUCCAUACCAUGGAAUGUGGGAAGAAAAAGUCUCCCAAACCACCUGUCUUGAAGUUGUCGUCAGAAAAUGCUUCUUUGGCCAGUGGUCUUCUGCUGAAAUUAUCAAGAUCAUCAGGGACUUUCACCUCUUCACCAAGAAGCAAAAGAGAGGAGGUUCGCAUUGGCAGCAUGCAGAAGUCUGAUAACCCUUCUGACAUGACAACUAAAGUCUCUGAGAAUUGUCAGACCUUGGUGAAGGAUCAGGCCUGUUCAGCAUUGGAGAAGAAUGUCUUAGUUGGAAGACCAUCCUUCUCUUUCGAAGCAAGCAAGGGUGACUUCAAUGAGAAACCCGCCACCUCUAAAAGGUUCCGCAAAAACAGAUCUAUGUUGAGGACUGGAAGACGAGCUUGCUCUCUUGUUGAAGGGAUGCAUGACUCUAUCAAGGAUUUCGGCCCUGAUGGUACCAGAGCCAAUGAAGCACCCAGGAGUCAUCAAUUUGGUUCCUCGGAGCGUGUUUCAAGGUCUGAAAUAGGAGAAAUUAUGUCUCCAAGCACCGUUGUUAUCCCAGAUUCUAUACAUGAAAGAGAAGCCCCAGGCACAAUGGAAGAGGAGCUGCCUCUGGAAGCUGAAUACCACGACCCUGGAAAUGAAACUAGAGACAUGCAAGUUGAUGAGGUCUCAUCAUCUUUCUCUGGGGAUCAUGUGGCCAAACCUUCCCUGGAAAAAGCUAUUUUGGAAAACCUCACACCAGCUUCCAAUGCCAGAUUCUUGCAGCUAUCUGUGGAAGAACGUGCGCAGUCCAUCUCUUCAGGGCAGGCCCAUGUACAAGUUGCACAAAGAUCGCUCGGUAAGCAAGAAAUUGAUUGUGGCGAUGUUCUGCGUGAUGAGAAUGUCAGCCAAGACAAUCAAAUAGCUGAUGGUGCGGGACUUGGGGUGCUGAAAGACUCCUGUUCAUCUCAGUAUGGAGAAUGUCAGGCAGAUACAGUUUCCAUCCAGGAGUCUAGUGCCUGCUUAACUAGUUAUGGGGAUCUGGGGCCUGAAGUCCAUCAAGAGAACUCAUCAGCAACUUCUAUUAGAGUAACAUCCAAUCAUUUGGCUAAUGAUGGGGAACCAGCUGAAUCUCCUGAUUCAACUGCCUCAACCGUUUCUCUCCCAUCUCCAAAAGAUUCCAGGUCCAAAGAUACUGAGUCAGAGUUGUUGUCGAGAGAUACUCCUGCUCAAGAUAAGUUACUCUCUGCAGUGCCAUCUACAGAAAACAGUGGAGGAACUGAAGGAAGAAUUGCAGAGAGAAUUAAUAGGGAAUCUAAGGUGAAUCUGCCAAGCAAAGUGGAACAAUUUCCAAAGGAUCAGCCUUUCUGCUGCUCAUGUAGGGAGAGCCUUUCCAAAGAGACGCAGCUGGUGAAAAAAGCUGUCACGGCUGGGACAACUUUACCUUCGAAGGGGAAGCCAAUUUCCAGCCUCUACAUUGGGCCUAGAACGUUUUCUCCUUUCCAUCCGUAUCAGAGCCCGAGAGCAAAUGCGGCGGCCGCCUCCUGCUUGGGAUCACCUACUCAGUCCAAUGCAACUAAGGUCUCCUUGGAUUCUGCUAUAAAUAUCCAAGGUUGCAGCAAUUUGGUUUCCGCGGGCCCAUCGUCUCAGAGUAAAACCGAGUCCAGUGCCAAUCCCAGACUGAGAUUGAUGGGUAAGGAUUUGAUGGUGGUGAAGAAAGAAGAGCCUGUGCAGCUUCCAACCGUUGCUUCAGACUACCCAACAAAUGCCAGAUGUCUCCCGCCUCUUGGAUUUGCUUCAACCAACUUUGUGGCGAGUCAUGAGAACUUUCAGUGCCAUCGCCAGCUUCCAUCAAUGGGCAAUCACCAAAUGCUCCACUAUUCACCUGGCUUGCAAGUUGGCGGCUCUGGAGGAACUCCAACGCCAAAUGGUUUGAGGGACGGUCAGAGUCAGCAGAAAAAUUCAUGCAAAAAUCUCAUUUCCCCAGCCAGGUGCAGCCUUGGAAGAACAGAUUCACCUCGCCAGCAGCGCGAAAAGCUACCUCCUUCUGCGCGAGCUCCCUACAUCAUGCAAGAAGUCAUUGUAAUUGGCGACGGUCCCGAGCCGGAGGCCAUACAGAGAGGCAACCUAGCGAGCCCAGCAGGUGCAUUGCCUCCGGCAAGUUUGGGUCCAGAUCCUAUGGUACGAAGACAAUUCUCUUAUUUUCCAUCACAGGGCCAAUUUAUCUCGAGGGAUGUCUCAGGUGGUCCAAGGCCCUCUUUUGCCAAUUCGUACCCGAGGGUGGGAGAAUACUUCUCACAAGGUUUGAGUCCUCUUCUACCUUGCCCAUUUGUGUAUCAGUCACCUACAGCAGGUCAGCUGAGCCCGUUGUAUUACUUGCAGACUCAUCGAUGAUCCCAUCAGUAACUUUUUGUGGAAGAUAUCUCCAACAGAACUUACAGCAGCACUGAGUUGUCGAAUGCAUGGAAAAAAUAUAGAGGGGACCCAGAAGAAUGGUGCUCUUUUGGCACAGACUUAUGGAUCUUCUGUCUUUGGGGAGGCAACAGGUCUAUAGAAAGCAUGAUUCUGGCAAGAAUAUGACCGUCGGAGUUUUUGUAAUGGUUCUGUACUUAUGUUGAAGCAAGGUUGUUUUGGCUCCAAACUUUUCACAGAACUGCAGUCUUGAGCUAUUCUCCAAGUAUGUUUAUGUAAAAUUAGAAUAAUAAAAUCUGACUGCCUCCAUCAAUGAAAAUAAGCCUCCUCAAGCAGCAUGUUGUUGGUGGUCUUGCAUUA